AAAAAGGAUUUAAGGAGCAUAAAUCGAAUUCCAAAAAUUGUAAGGGAGUAAAUAAUGUUCCGCAAAGACCAAAAGUUCCCAAAUUAGAUAAGAGUAUUAAAGAAUUUCGUAAUUACAAAUGUAUGCAACCAAAUCCAUAUCGUAUAUUUUGGGAUCUUGAAUGUCUAACAGAAAAGCUAACUCCAGAAGAGGAAGCUCAAUUGACCCGAACCGAAAAGCUCCAAAGACAUAUGCCAUGUAGUUAUUGUUAUGUAGUUGUUCGCAUGGAUAGUUCUCUGAAUUACGAAGUUUUAAGCUAUUAUUUAUAUAGGGGGCCAGACGCUUUGGAAAAAUUCGUUGAUGCCAUAGAAAGAGAACUCUUAGAAAUUCAGACAGACUUAUCUACACCUUCCGAAAUAAUCAUGGAACCCGGAGACUACAAGGCAUACAAUGAAGCAAUCGAAUGCUGGAUUUGCAAAAAGGCUUUCAAUAAGCCAGCAUCAGAAAUUUCACAGCAACUGGAAGAAGCAAAGCAUCGUUUGCUAGAAUGUGAGGAAUGGGAAAUAUAUAUGAAAAAAGAACACCCCGAAAUGAAAGAUAAGUUGUUGGCAGAUUUACAUCCGACAAGCUCAAGUGCAUCCCAGAGAAUAUCGGAAAAUGCAAAGCUAUGGAUGUCGGUCAAUUUCGAUUUCUGGAUAUACUUUACUGAAAAAGGAUACUCAUUAGAUAAAAUUAGACUUCUGUUUCAAAAGGGAGUAUUUCCAUAUGACUGGACAAAUUCAUGGGAUAAAUUUGAUAUAACAAGAAUGUUUAAUGAUUCAUUAUACAAAAGUAGUGGUGUCGAGAUUAAACUAAUGACAGAUAUGGACGAGUAUUUAAUGGUGGAGAAUGGAAUUCGUGGAGGAAUGACAAUGGUAAGUCAUCGAUAUGCUAAAGCUAAUAAUGAAAAAUGCCCUAAUUAUGAUCCUAGCAAACCGAAGUCUUGGAUUAUGUAUGAAGAUAUGAAUGCCUUAUAUUCAGGUGCAAUGACGCAAUAUAUGCCUACAGAGAUAUUAGGAAAGGUAGGUCCAGAAGAAAUACCAGAUAUCCAAAGUAUUGCGCCUGAUGCAGAAAUUGGUUAUAUGCUUGAAGUUGAUUUAGAAGCACCCAUAAACAUGCAAGAUUUCUUUGCAGAUUAUCCAUUAGCACCAGAAAAACAAAUAGUACCGGAAAACUGGCUUAGUCCAUAUAAUGAAAAGUUGGUACACGAUAAAGAAGUAGGAGGUAGAAAAUAUACAUCAGGAGAAAAGCUAUUACAAACCCUCUUACCCAAGAAAAAUUAUGUAAUUCACUAUUAUGCUCUUCAAACAUAUAUAAAAUUUGGAAUGAAGAUUACAAAGAUCUAUGGUGCUCUCAAGUUUAAACAAUCUUCAUGGAUGAAAAACUAUAUCGAGGAAAAUAUUCGUAAAAGAAAAAUUGCCAAAGCUAACAAAUAUGGUUUUGGAGUUAUGUACCAUAAACUAAAAAGUAAUGCUGUAUUCGGAAAACAGAUGGAAAAUAUUCGUAAACAAAUGAAAGUAGAAUUACUUCGAUCAGAUCAGGAUAAAAAGCUUAAACGUUUAACAGAGGAUAUUUCUAAAGAUCGAGCUGAAAGACCAGAUGUUUUCGAUCUUGACUAUUCAGGAGAUUUAUUCUUAAUGAAGGAUGAAUCAAAGGGAAAUCCAAUAGGUAAGUCAGUAUGUUUGAAACCAAAAAUGUAUUCAGUUCUUCCAGUUGGGCAUGAUUCAAAAACUCCUGAAACGGAUGCAGAUUUCGAAAAAGAGUUAGAGGAAGAAGAAUCUAGAAAACCUCAAGAAUGUUGUAGCAAGAAGCAAAAUACCGCCGGUGGCUGGUGUUGGGUGUAUUAUGAAGAUUACAUAAAACGAGAUUUCAAUGAAGAAUGGAGAGAAAUACAGCUUAAUUCACGGAAAUUCAGAGUUUCAUCCCUAGGUAAAGUUCAGUUUCCCAAUGGUUUAAUCUCUCAAGGAUCUCUAAGUGCAGGAUAUCUCAGAAUCGCUCGAGAAAAACAUUGUGUUCACCGUUUAGUGGCAUUAGCAUUUUGCCCCAAAGAAGAAGGCAAAAAAUAUGUAAAUCAUAUUGAUG